AUGGAUAAACUAUAUGGCGAUUAUGAUAAAGUUGUUGAAAAAUAUAAAAACAAUACCAUAUAUAAAAGAAAAAACGAAAAGGAUGGUACAUGUAUUGGUAAAAAGGAAACUAAAGAAAAAAAUACCUCGGAUAAGAAAAAAGAGAAAGAACUUGGUAAAAAAGAAAAAGAUAAAAAAAUUAACGAAAAGAAAUUGAAAAAAGAGAAAUGUUUUUUAAGUGAAGACUCGUAUAGCAAAUUUCAACCAAGCGAUAAUACAUUAAAAGAAAAUAAAGAAUAUUCCUUAAAAAAUAAAAAAAAAGAGAACGAUGAAAAUAUACAAGAACGAACAUUUAAUGAAUACAAAAUAAGAAAAAAGGUUAGCAUAGAGAUAAACAAAAAAAUUUAUAGUGAUUCAGAAAAUAUACUAAUAAAUGAUAAAUCAUUUAUAGAUCAAAAUUUUGGAAUUAAUGAAAAUGAUUAUAUUUCAAAAAAAAAAAAAAUUAAAAAUGAAGAUCAGAAAAUUAAAAGAAUGUUAAAUAAAAAAGAUAAAACCAAAUUUUUUGUAAUUUUCUUAUUUGUUUUAUAUUAUAUAUUUUUUUUUUUUCAUUUUAUAAUUGAUAUUCAAGUAAAUCAAAUAUACAACAUAGUCAUAAAUACCUUUACAAUUAUAAUAAUAUCUGUUCUUUUAUGUUAUAUAUACUUUCUUAAAACAAGAUAUAAAAAUUUAAAAAAAAUUAUCUUUUAUAUUACUACGUAUAUAAAUUUAUUAUAUUCUUUACAUAUAUUUAACACCUUCUUAUAUUGGUUAAACAUUUAUUUAAAUUUCACCUUAAGUAAAAGAAUAUACUUAAAAUAUAAAACUCUUUAUAAAAAUAUUUCUUUUAUAUUUUCCUACUUCAGUUUUGAUGAAAUUUUUUUUUUUCUUUUAAUUUUUUAUGCCUGCUUUUUUCUUACCUCUUUUACAUUAACCUUCACAUUAUUUUAUUACAUAUAUAACUUUAUAAAUUACACAUUUUGA